AAUAACUCUAAAACACCUGCGCUCAAUGGGCUUAAUGGCAUGUAGCACAGAAACUAGCGAGCACACGAAGGCCGUGCGACGCUGACAUUCAUGACGAAGACCAUCGUUGGAAGAAUGCCUGUGGACCUGCCUCUGGAAGGAAUACAAGGCGGCAUGACGACCAUAGCCGACGUGCAGCGUUUGGGAGAAGCAAAACUGGAUGAUGCGAUCAGAGGCUAUAUCGGCGGUGGUGCUGGCGAAGAACAAACCUUGGGAGAGAAUAUCACCGCAUUCAGAAGAUUCCGCUUCCGGCCUCGCGUCCUUGUCGACGUUUCUAUGCCCAGCACCAGCACGGUUGUUCUUAGAGAAACGAUUGCGUUUCCUAUCGGACUGGCACCAACGGCAGCCCAAAGGAUCGCACACGUUGAAGGAGAAAUCGCUGCAGCGCAAGCGGCACAGGAAGCCCGUACGCUGAUGAUACUGAGUUCCAUGAGCUCCACAACGAUCGAAGACGUGAGGUCCAGUGCGCCCGACCUGCUCCUCUGGCAGCAGAUCUACCUGUUUCGCAAUCGCUCCCUGACGGAGUCACUUGUUAGGAGAGCCGAGAAACAAGGGUUCGCCGCCAUCGUCGUCACCAUAGACGCGUCCAUCCCUGGACAGGCUGCCGUCGCCGCCAAAAGCCAAUUCUGUCUUCCAAAUGACGUUACCCUUGCCAAUCUCGAGGCUUCGCUUCCCGGUCACUCUUUCAGUUACGACGCAAGUAGUGAAGGAUAUCUUCCAAAAUACCGCUCAGCCUCGGUUACAUGGGAUGACGUGCUGUGGUUGAGAAGCAUCACAAGCCUCCCUAGAGUUGCCAAGGGCAUCCUCACAGCCCAAGCCGCCAUUGAUGCUCUUCGUCAUGGUGCCGCAGGAGUUAUAGUCUCCAACCACGGUGGGCGCGUUCUGGGUGGCACGCCAGCAGCGAUCGAAGCCCUACCCGAGGUCGUGGCAGCGGUUGGUGACCGCCUCGAAGUCUAUGUGGACGGCGGAGUUAGAUCUGGCACUGACGUGGCUAAGGCACUUAGUCUUGGAGCACGUGCGGUUUUCGUCGGCCGCCCAGUUCUUUGGGGACUAGCCUACAACGGCAAAAGGGGGGUCAACAAGGUACUCAGUAUAUUGCAAGACGAGUUCGUGCACACAAUACAACUACUAGGGCAAAAGGGGGGUCAACAAGGUACUCAGUAUAUUGCAAGACGAGUUCGUGCACACAAUACAACUACUAGGUUGUCCUAACUCUAAUGACCUCACCACAGAGUACGUUGUCCGGGAGGAGCACUACCACCGUUCUUAGAAGAAUAUCGUAGCAACGCAGAUAUCUUCAAGCGUGAAAAAUUCCGUGAGAGUGGGAGUAACGUGGAGAAGAUGCGUAGACAUUUUUGUUUCUUAUUAGUAUUCAAACAAGCGAGUACAUCGAAUAACCUAAAUGAAAAGGGGCACCGCCAAUACAUCGGGUAGAGUAGCCGUUCUACUGAUAACAGCGUGAUGUUAAUUAAUUAUUGCUAAAAGUGUAGAGUGGUUUUGUUCCCCGCAAGCAUUUAUUAGCACCUGAAUAAUACAGAAUAGAGGAAACAACCGUUGUAUCUCAAAAUUGAGUCUGACACAAUUUCUGCGAGAACAUUUCGUAUGGGGAAAAGUAUUCUCAGUGACCGAAUCUUGUCGACUUUAAUCUGCAAGCUACUUUUUUAGACGAUACAAAGUUUUCACCAAUUUUUGUUAACAAGUUGAAGAUUAUCCUCUAUGUGUCAUUAUUUCUGUGUUCAGUGCUUACUUGCGUAUGUUAUUCUUUCUGUAUAUAAUUUGUCAUGGUAUCUUACCAAUGUUCAUUUUUACACGCUUGUUAUUGUAACUGCCCUCCCCCCCCCCCCCCUAUGUAAUGCCUGAAUGGGGCUUUAGGGUAUAUGAAUAAAAAAGAAGGAAUAAAGAAAUCACCUGUGGCAGUUGGUGUAAUGGUAGUCUUUGAGCUGGAUUACUCGAAGCAGCGGAUAUUACUCGCCCGAGAAAUCAAGGUGCAAUAUCGCUAAUUAACAAAAUUUCACUACUUGUCUCUUUAAUUAUUUACUUUCCCGCGCAUACCGUAAUUUACGAAUUAUAGCGAGUCACUCAUGCAAGGGUUCCGGGACAUGUGCCGCGAAUGUUGCAGUAAAAAUGGACUAUUGUUACAGUUACUUUUUCAACAAAGCGCUGUCUUAUGCUUUGAUGCACAUAUGUAACUGUUGCACCCAUAUAUAUAGUGGCACACUUGGGAAUUAUUAUAUCAAAAGUGAGAUCAUGUUUAAAGUCUGUAUUAUGUGGCUAUGCUUCCAAACUCACGGGCAACAAUUGGGAUCUUGCAGUAUGUGCCGUAAGUAUUCUAAAAUUGUAUUAGUGAAUGUUUUGUUACUCCAACAUGAAAUUUCUUUUCGCAUGGAAGUAAUUUCUGCCUGUUUAAGUAAUCCAGCCUAAUGACGAGAAUUGUGCUAUUUGCUAUGGUCUUUUUUCUUAACUUUAUUUUUUCUGAACAGUGACACAACCAAUUUUUUUGUCCUCUACAACAUCAGCGACAUCGUGGCAUUCAGAUAGGGAUAUUGUAAUAGGCUUUGCAUCAAAGAAGUCUGCUUUA